CAGUGCUAGCAACGCCCAGUCCGAGACCCUCUCGGCUGCUGUGUCGGUGUUAACGGGAGAUUAUUUGGAAGGAGUAUAUGGAUCGACCUAUAAUCACUCGGUAGGGUGACACAAUACAGAUUAAAUGCUACGCGUUGUAUAUGCUUUCUUCGCAAACCGUCACAUAGAUAUGUACAAAUAACUAGCAAAAACAAUGUAUUUAUACUGGUCAUGUUGGAAGGACCCUGCAAAGCAUUUAAUUUCGAUGUUUUGCUCCCCCUAAACUAUGAAUUGGAAGCGUCCAUUGACAACCGAGUUGGACCGUCCGAGGUGUCACAUCACAAGCGGAAUGAGAAGGCGGUGUGACGCCUAGACGUAUGAUGGAGUGGAGACUAUCUGCAGAAUUCAUAAGAAGUAAAACUUUUAUCAGCUCUUAGUAUCAGAGUACUUUUAACUUCGUUAUGCACAGAAAUAACGGCAACAGGUUAAUUGCACAUUAGAGGCUACAUUAUAGGCUGCCUAACCUAUAUUACUUAAGCGUUCUACGCAGCAAAUGGUUAGUUUAAUCAACUGUUUGGUUCUUUAAAAAGUAAAAACACUCUAGUAAGAAAGCUCUCGGACCACAUUUCAACUUGGACACGAUUUUGGACUGAACGCUCCCUCAACACGAAUAACGGGCAUCGCUUCAAGAUCAUUCGCUCAUCUGAGCAGAGAGGACUCGACAUACGCCACUGUUGCACAAGAGGGGAGCAGAACUAGACACGAAGGACGCAAGCUGAACAGAAGGGCUGUGUUGUGGCGUGAGUUUUUGCCCUAGGCAGCCGAGCAUCAUGGGUAAGCAGAACAGCAAGCUGCGUCCGGAGGUGCUGAACGACCUGCGCGAGAACACGGAGUUUAGCGACCACGAGCUGCAGGAGUGGUACCGCGGCUUCCUGAAGGACUGCCCCACCGGCCACCUGAGCGUCGACGAGUUCAAGAAGAUCUACGCCAACUUCUUCCCGUACGGCGACGCCUCCAAGUUCGCCGAGCACGUUUUCCGCACCUUCGACACCAACGGCGACGCCACCAUCGACUUCCGGGAGUUCAUCAUCGCACUGAGCGUCACGUCACGCGGCGGCCUCGAACAGAAGCUUCGCUGGGCCUUCAGCAUGUACGACCUCGACGGCAACGGCUACAUCAGCCGCGCAGAGAUGCUCGAGAUCGUCCAGGCGAUCUACAAGAUGGUGUCAUCAGUCAUGAAGAUGCCGGAGGACGAGUCUACCCCUGAGAAGCGCACCGACAAGAUCUUCAGACAGAUGGACACAGAUAACGAUGGACGUCUCUCCCUGGAGGAGUUCAUCAAAGGAGCCAAGAGUGACCCCUCCAUUGUGCGACUGCUGCAGUCAGACCAGAGCACCUCACGCCAGCUCUGAGGUCAUCUCACAUCCCCCUCCAAAAAAAAACAACAACCCAAUCUCUCUCUUUCGCUCCAUCUUGCACCUCCUGCCAGUUUUGAGGUCCAAACUGUUCUGACAUUUCAUCCCUGCCCAUCCACUACCCCCCCCCCCCCCUUCCCACACACACACACACAUCUCAUCUUCCUCCUCCUUUCCAUUGGGUUUCUCCUGCUGCCAGACUAGGGCAGUCACAGAGGAGACGUCUCACACCCAGCCAUCCACUGACCAAUCCAGUCCCCUCUCGCCAUGUCUCCACGUCUUUAUGUCUCCUCCUCCAGACCCCCCAGCUCUGAUGUUCAUGCCCACCCUAACCCACCCCCUACUUCCCAAAAACAACAAAAACUAUCAACCCCCCCCCCCUCCUGAGAGCAGUCUAAUCAGCCUAGUGAAGAUGGUUACUACCCCUGGUUUCAUCUCUGCAUUUCCUGGUUCCUCUCUGCGCUUCUUGGGCUGUUGGCUCACACCACCCUCAACUCUGCACUGCAUCUUACCCAGACUUGCUUCAGGUCCCGUCGGAGUCAUCUUCACACGAGCAGUUCCUCAAACAGGCUCGGUGGCAGCCCUGCUAAGUCAUAUCUGAUAUUAUUGUGUAACUGUCGUCCGUGCAGCACUUCCCCCCGCUGGGGUUUUUAUGCUUUAGUCGGCUGGUUGUGAUUGGUGGUUGUGAUCGUUGGCCCAGUGUGAGGCUGAGGCGAGAUGCUUACAGAUAGCAUCUGGAAGAUACACCCUUUACUUUUCUCUGUUCUAUUGUACAGUCCGCAUCCCUAGGUCUUGCGGCUAAAUGUUUUUAUAUUGUUCGUUGCCUUAUUUUAAUGGAGGUCAAAGUGCCAAAAAUAUAAUAUUUGUAUUAAAAAGGUAUUAUACUUAUCAGUAACUGCUAGUGACUUUAUUUGUGUCUAAUGUUUUCUGGAAGAUGGUGGUGAAAGUAGCUUGCAAGCUUCUAACAUUGCAGCAGCCGAGACGGCUCUGUUUCGCCAUAGUUCUGUCACUUCUGUUUUUAAACGACAUGUUUCAGUGUAAUAUCAUCAUCGGUCCAUUAGCGUGCAUUAUCAGACUGUAAUGUUCACCCACAGUAACAUACCCGGGCUGAAUGAAGGAGGGGCCUAGCAAGCCCUCUCCACUCAUCCAUCUCUCUGUUUACAUAAAAAAAAAAAACGGAAAUAAAUAAACUCUGGAUGAUGUUC